ACGGGUUGCAAUCUCGUGGCAAAGUAGAAAGGCUUCCAAGAGUUGCCAUGAGUCACCAAUGGCCUUGGUCGCAUUGACUCACACGCAGCCGAGCUUUGCCUUGCCUGUGAGAAGAAAGUACAAUCAAUUGGUGCACGAAGACGAUAAUACAAAAUGGAAAGGCAGCUUUUGUGGUCAACUCGGAAGGAGUGCCAUUGUGGCAGCUGUUGCCAGGGCAGCUCGAUCCAAAGCCUCCUCUGAAGCGCUUUGGAUUGAGUUGCUCGAAAAGUGCACGGAGAGCCUUGGGCAACUCAGCAAGGACUGGAAGGACUUGAGAGUUGAUGCGAGCAAGGCUGACAUCCAGCAACUUCAGUCUAAGGAGAGUGCUAUUUUGGAGCUUCUCAAACGUUGUCCGUGGGGUGACCCAAGUGCAACUGCUUUUGUGCGAAAGUACCAAACACUUGAUGCCAUUACCGAAACCCACGGCCAGGUAACCCGGGCUGUGGUCGAAUGCGAGCUGUCACGGCUGUCUUGGGAGUUGCGCAAAGAAAACUCAAUGGAGUCGCAAGACCCACGAGCUGCACGAUUUGUGUCCCUUCUGCGCAAAGUCUCGGUCCAUCGCCUCCGUUUGUUUGACAUCGAGAGUGCCCAUGCAUCAUUGACUGAAGCGUGGCAAAUGUGUUCCGCGAUGCCGGAUUUGCUGGACAUCUUCGAUAUUAAACUGUUUGAGCACACAAGUAAACUCCUCGCAGCACGGGCUUUCAACUUCAACUCUGCAGAUGAAUCCCCCAAAUUGAGGGAAGUCCUGCUGCGCCUUCAAGCACUCAAUUAUACAGAGGCCAACGUGCUUGGAGCAACUGGGGUCUCCACAUUGUCAUCUCUAUCGAUCGGUGCAACGAAUCAGCAGGUAGAAGAACAUUUAAGUUUAUGGUGUUCUCAAGCCAAUGAUCCAUCCGAUUUGGCUUGGAGAUUCAUGCUGGUCGAUCUUGUCCUACUAUUUUUGCUUCAUAAGACAGUUCCUUUGCACAAAGUUUGCGAAGCCUUGGGCCAGAAUGUGUAUGAUGUGUUGCUUGAUCAUCACAUAUUGCGCAGGAUGGCCUACGCAGAAAAACGAGGGAAAGAGCCGACGGUUUUUGCCAGCGUAGCUCUUUGGCCAGUAAGAAAUCUCAUAGUCGCAACAGACUUUGAAACAACUUGCUUUUCAGAUGCCACUGAACCAGCUAUGUAUUUGUCGCAAGACUCCUUGGCUCUGCUGGCCGCUGCACCUCAAAGGCCUGUUCACCGAGUGCUUGAUCUAUGUUGUGGCUGCGGCAUACAGGGUCUUGCAGCAUUGAACAGUUAUGCUGCGUUUGCUGUCUUUGUUGAUAUCAAUCCGCGAUGCCUCAGCCUUACUUCCUUCAAUCUAUCUCUUAAUGGCUUGCGUUCAAAAUGCGAAUGCCUCCUUGAGAAAGAUGUUCGUGAAAUGCAAGGGGGUGUCUCCUCGUUGCUCGGUCGCUUUGAUGUCAUUUUGGCAAAUCCACCUUUUAUGCCAAAUCCGCAAAACAUUGCCACUGGAGCCAGCAUUUUAUUCGGCAAUGGGGGCAACUAUGGCGAAGACAUCCUUUCCAAAGUUAUCCGCUUUGCUUGUGAGCACUUGGAAUCAGAAGCACAGUUCCUGUUUGUAUCAAAAACACCCAACAUUGAAGCAUUCCCCAGCCGGCUUCGUUCAUGGUUGUCAGAAGGUUUCAGGGGUAGCGCCCACAUAUUCCACGGUGUACCCAUACGUGCUGAAGAGUAUAUGCCUACAGCUAUCAGCAGCAGGGUGGAGCCUAUCAGAUACCAAGCCGCGCUGGAAGAGCAGGGCAUCCACACCUUGUCCCAGGUCCUUGUGUUUAUGGAAUCUCACAGGGAUAGUUCAGAUACAUUCACUAUUCAUAAAUCUCAACAAGUCAUCCAAAACUUCUGGCUCAAUCGCGAAAUCCUGCAACGGCUGCAGAGAAGGUUUGAGAAAAGUCAGCCCUAACAAAAAAUCAAGGGUUCAAUUUCAGCACAGCUGCAAAGUCAUAUGUUUGUCAUGUUCAUCAGACAGACUCAUUGCCUGUCACUGCAUGAAUUGAGGAUCACUGCAUUGCAUGUACAUUGUCCGGCCCGAGCCAGCUGCUCUAUAUACCC